AUGUCUGGACGCGGAAAGCAAGGCGGCAAAGCGCGGGCUAAGGCCAAGACGCGUUCUUCCAGGGCUGGUCUGCAGUUCCCUGUGGGCCGUGUGCACCGUCUUUUGCGCAAGGGCAACUAUUCUGAGCGAGUGGGCGCCGGCGCGCCGGUGUACCUGGCAGCGGUGCUGGAAUACUUGACCGCCGAGAUCUUGGAACUGGCAGGAAACGCAGCUCGGGACAACAAAAAGACUCGCAUUAUCCCGCGCCAUCUACAGCUAGCCAUCCGCAAUGACGAGGAGCUGAACAAGCUUCUGGGUCGUGUUACCAUUGCUCAGGGCGGUGUCCUGCCCAAUAUCCAGGCUGUGCUGCUGCCCAAGAAGACUGAGAGCCACCACAAGGCUAAGGGCAAGUGA